AUGGAAGUUACAGUUACCAGAAGGCUAAAAAAUUUUUUAACUGAUAUAGACUCAGCAUAUAAAGAUUUAGAAACAAUUGAUAUUGAUAUACUUUACAAGAUAUAUACGGAAACAAGCUUUAAUAUUGAUCCAAAUAAAAAUGAUAUUUUAAGUUUGCAAGAACUACUACUAGAUUCAAAAAAAAGUCUUAUAAAGAGUGAUAGAGUUAUAGAGAACUUUUCUUUGAUGGAAAUUUUGAGGAGAAGAUCUGAGGAGCGUCGCUAUCAAAAAAGUAUUAGUAAUAUUCCACAAUACAAAAAUUCUAUAAAUAUUGUACCAGAUAUAUUUGGGAAAAGUUACUCUAAAGACGUAAUCUGGAGUAUAAAUGCUCUAAUAGGUUUAAUUCUUACAUUUUUGGGUGGUUUCUUUGCCCCACUUUUUUUUGGGAUAAUAGAUAUAACUACUAGAACUUUUGUUGGAUUUGGUUGUUCCAUUUUGUGUUUAAUAGCCGAAAUUGCCCUAUUUAUGCUAUAUGAUAUUAAGAGAAAUCAAAAGAUAGCUAAAAAUAAGCAGAAUGAUCCUAUAUUAAAGUUCUUAAGAUGCAAAAGUGACAAGAAACUACUAUCUACUAAGUUAAAAGCUAACGGUAUUCACAGUAUACCUAAACAAAAAGUCGAAAAGGAGGAUUGA